CCUACACACCCAAGUACGUCAGACCCAUUGUUAGAUAAAACAUUUAUGCAAAAGAUCUUAAAUCUAGAACAUGAUCUAUCUGAAAUCUAUAACCAAGCCACAGAUCAAAUCUGUGAAAAUCAACAAAAAAAAAAAAUUGCAAAUGAUGAUAAAAUAAUAAUUAGUAAUGACUUCAUGAUAGGGAACAAGAUGCCUACAGAUGUAAGUCUCUUUAUCAAUGAUCUAUUAACCUCUCAACCCAUGAAUAUAACUCCAGUUCCUUCUCCUUAUACCAAGUCAGACCCCAUUGAAACAAAAAUAAAUCUUACUUAUAGAGCUAUGUUACAGUCUACACAA